AUGGUGUCUGCGUACGCACUGUUGGCUUUUCUCGGGGCAGCUGUGCUGCCCUUUGUAGCAGCGGAUGGUGACCGGGUCACUGUCCUGCAGCCAUGUGGCGACGCCGAACAUGCUACAGCCCAUGCGAUUGUGCCCGAUGCUGUGUGCCAGAAGAUCUCGGAUUCGGGCUCGUUUAGCCUCCUGGCUCUGCGCGUGGAUAAGCACGCCAAGCUGGGCUUCUCCGCCACCCCGGACUGCAAGCUCACCUACACGCCUUCGUACGACGACCUGGCUAAGCUCAGCGCUGAAGCUCGGUGCAACACCUACGUCACGGGAUCCACGCAGGCCGGACGGACCGAUAAGGACGCCGCAAAGGAUACCCAGCAGCAGCAAGAUGGCAGUCCAACCGAUUCGAACCGGAUGCACAAGCGCAGGACGGACACUAUCGACGCAUCAAAGCUCAAACAGCUCAGUGCAGCAGAAAACCAGCGUCUUCCGCUCAACUACGUUAUGCUUGUUCAGGCCCAAGACACCAUAGGCUAG